CAUGGCGUCCUUGGAUGUAAACAAGCAUAGCGACGGAGGAUAAUUAUCAGCGUUUGAGCAUAACGUAGCAUAAUUAGGCCUUUUAAAGGAAAGAGGGCGACAGUUUAUCAAUCACGAGUUAUUUUUUUUUAGAUUUAUGAGUAUUUACGGUUACAUGAUCGUGUAAUGGGGAAGAGUUCGUCUCUAACAGAGGGUUGCUACACCAUCACUCAUUGACAGCUGAUCUGUCACCAAGUUGUGUUCAAGAGUUGCAAGAUAGCAGAGGUCAGCACAAAAUGAGUUCGCCUUUGUCAAGCCUGAGGAAAUCUCAUAAAGCGCCUUUCAUGCCUGGCAGUGGGCAGAGGCCAGUGCCCUUCAGAAAUCCAGAUUAUUCAGAGGAUGAGAGUAAGCUGUUGGAUGAAGUUACGACAGGAAUGGCCUCCAGUAGAAUGAAAGGGCGUGACCCCUUCGUUGGAGGCUUGCCUAAAAUAGAAAGCCGCCACCCAUCACAGGUGUCCUCAGGGACCUCUCCAGGUCGAGAUCAGGGGCAUCCCAGUGCAUCUCCCUCGGACCGUGAGUUGCUUAGUCUGAUGAUGUCUCGAGUGACACACCUGGAAGCAAAGUUGCAGUAUCAGACUAAAGAAAAUGCAGAAAAGGACAGAAGAGUUAGAUUGUUAGAGGACAAACUGAAGAUCCUCCAAAAAGCCCAAGGGGGAGGUAACUCUGGUGAGCGGGUUCAGGAGCUGGAGAAGAAAUGUCUUCUACUACAACAGCAGAUUCAUGAGAUGGAGGCCUUCCUGUCUGACUAUGGCAUGGUAUGGGUGGGGGAAAAGAUUGACCCCGAGUCUGACGUGUAUAACGAGGACGUUUACUCCAGUGGGGGCAGUGAGGACGAUGCCUGGCGGCCAGGGUCAUCAGUGUCAAGAACUCCUGCAUUCCACCUGGACUAUGACCGUUUGAUAGAAAACAUCCAGGACUUGAAUGUGCUGGCUGGUGAGGGGGUGGCUAAGAUCCAACACACCACAGAUGGAGCUCGACUGAGGAUUCAGGAUCCAAUUCCCCUAACCCUCUAUGCAAAUGGCAUCAUGUUGUUUAAGGGGCCUUUCCGACCCUUCUCUGAUCCUGAAACACAGCUGUGUGUCAAAGAUCUCACUGAUGGCUACUUUCCCUCAGAACUUCAAAACCGUUAUCCAGAGGGCGUGCCAUUUAAGGUGACAGAUUUACGGAAGGUAUCGUUCCAUGACAAGCGUCGUGAGGAUCUGUUUACUGGUGCUGGGCAGAUGUUGGGUGGCGACACAAAGCCAUCCCGUCUGGUCCCAAGCAACCUGGACAAGGCUGUACAGCAUCACGACCUCUCCUCUAACGCCUCGUCCGAGUUUUCCGGCGAGGUCACUAGUCAACUACCAGGGCCUCAACUGACUGUUGAACAGUUUCUCAACAAACUGCCAUCAUCUGUGGUGAAACAAGGGAAGGUUAUAGACAUCCGGAGCUCACUGGGAGAACACAUUCACCAGGGCAAAGAUAGCAGGACCAGCAGUGGAGUUGUUGUCGUGGAAACUGCUGUGACGACAGAGAUGAAGAAAAGGCUGGAGGCAGACGAAGGUAGUCGCCCAGCUACACCCCGAGAUAUUACCACGCUGAGGAUCAAGUCUGGGGACCAGACUUAUAUAAUCAAGAUGAGGUUCCAAAACACCGUGGGAGAUCUCCGCCUCUACUUGAAUAAACAAAGACAUGGUUUACCUCACUACCAGAUUAUGUCUGCCUACCCACAUCGGAUCUACAAUGACAGCUCUUUAACCUUGGACGAAUGUGGCCUGACCCCUAAUGCUGUCCUUCACCUCCGUCCUGUAAAGAAGUCAUGACCUUGACCUUUAUUGAAAUCUUGUCAGUUCUUCGUCCAUAAAUGGAAUUGCAUAAUAUCAUUCAUUGUUUUGUUCUAUGGCAAUAAGUUUGGAUUUUGUUUUUGGUGAAGGUUUGGAAUCAAUCAAUCAAUGUGGUCUGUUGUCAUUGAUAUUGGGGAGAUUAUGACUUGUGCUUAAAGAGUAGCUAACUGAGCAUGUUAAAGUAAGUUAUUUCGAUUCAGACAAUGUAGCAAAGGAUCCAGUUGUAAUUGUACACCAUCAUCAAUGCAUAGCAUGGAUGAAUACACAGCACCCCUCCUUCAUCCCUGAGUACAUACUGAUGCAUUGCAGGAUAGUGUGAUAUGUGUCUAUUUUAAGUCAACUGUAGACAUGGGGUUGUGUAUAACAGAAGUCAAAUGAGACCAACUCCUUCAUGAAGUUUGUGUGAUCACUACCUUUGUCUGACAUUGACAGUGUGUAGACAGAUACCACAAGGCUGUGGACCAUGUUGUGUGAUCCCUACCAUUGUCUGACAUGGAAACUGUGUGUGGACAGAUACCACAAGGCUAUAGCUCAUGUUGUGUGAUCCCUACCAUUGUCUGACAUGGAAACAGUGUGUAGACAGAUACCACAAGGCUGUGGACCAUGUUGUGUGAUCCCUGACAUUGUCUGACAUGGAAACUGUGUAGACAGAUACCACAAGGCUAUAUAGCCCAUGUUGUGUGAUCCCUACCAUUGUCUGACAUGGAAACAGUGUGUAGACAGAUACCACAAGGCUAUAGCCCAUGUUGUGUGAUCCCUACCAUUGUCUAACAUAGAGGCAGUGUGUGGACAGAUACCACACGGCUAUAGUCCAUGUUUUGUGAUCCCUACCAUUGUCUAACAUAAAGGCAGUGUGUCGACAGAUACCACAAGGCUAUAGCUCAUGUUGUGUGAUCCCUACCAUUGUCUGACAUAGAGACAGUGUGUGGACAGAUACCACAAGGCUAUAGCCCAUGUUGUGUGAUCCCUGACAUUGUCUAACAUAGAGGCAGUGUGUGGACAGAUACCACAAGGCUAUAGCUCAUGUUGUGUGAUCCCUACCAUUGUCUAACAUAGAGACAGUGUGUGGACAGAUACCACAAGGCUAUAGCUCACGUUGUGUGAUCCCUACCAUUGUCUAACAUAGAGGCAGUGUGUGGACAGAUACCACAAGGCUAUGGCCCAUGUUGUGUGAUCCCUACCAUUGUCUAACAUAGAGGCAGUGUGUGGACAGAUACCACAAGGCUAUAGCUCAUGUUGUGUGAUCCCUACCAUUGUCUGACAUAGAGACAGUGUGUGGACAGAUACCACAAGGCUAUAGCCCAUGUUGUGUGAUCCCUGACAUUGUCUAACAUAUAGGCAGUGUGUGGACAGAUACCACAAGGCUAUGGCCCGUGUUGUGUGAUCCCUACCAUUGUCUGACAUGGAGACAGUGUGUGGACAGAUACCACAAGGCUAUGGCCCAUGUCGUGUGAUCACCAACAUUGUCUGACAUGGAGGCAGUGUGUAGAGAAGAUACCACAAAUCUAUAGAUAUGGCAGAUACGACACGAUGUGAAGUGAGAAAGAGUGUGGGAUGUAAGCUGAACUCUCAUUGGUCAGAGUACUCACUGGUUUCCCACUUACUAGAAACAGGCCGUGGCUUGAUUCAUUGGUUAAAAAUACCAACAACACCCCAAAGCUGACAAUAUAUUCAGUAUGAUGGAGGAGGCUAGAGUAUACAAACCCUUGAAGUAUUGACAGUGCAUAUAUAU